AUGUCCAGCGAACCAUUCCGCCGCAGCCUGACGCGGCGCAUCGUCACCGCCCUUUUCAACCACUAUGAACAGGACCCGACACUGCCGCAGUUCGCUCCGCAGGGCGGCAUGCCGCCCAUGCCCCCAGACGCAGCCACCGAGGACCCAGAGACCCGCGCAAAGCGACAGACAGUCGUACGGACAGACGAGAGCACGCUCAUCCCGCCCACCGAUAAACUCCUCGUCUUCCGCGCGCUGACAGGCAUCGACAGCGUCCCCGCGCUGACAACCCUGAACCACCUGCGGCGCACCGCGCCGAACGUAGGCAUCUACACGCGCGUCGUGCGCGCCGAACAAUCCGCCGCACAGCGCUACCGCUUCUUCAGCAUCCUCAUCAACACGUGUCUGGGCAUCCAGAUCGUCGUGGCGGCCGCGCUGACGGCGCUGGGCGCCGCUUCCGGCCCGCACUCGGCCGUCACGGCCUUUGGCGCCAUCAACACCAUCAUGGCCGGCGUGCUGACCUACCUCAAGGGCUCCGGGCUGCCCGACCGCCUCAAGCACUACCAGAACGAGUGGCGUAAUAUCCGCGAGUAUGUCGAGCAGCGCGAGCGCGAGCUGUGUCUCAAUGGGUGUGAUCUGGACGUCCAGGAGGAGAUCCAGAUCAUCGAGAGCAUGUAUGAGGGGGUCAAGCGAGAGAUUGAGGCGACCAAGAGUGGUGGGGAAAGUCGCUAUGCCACGAGUGAUAGGCAGAAUCGGCGGUCGUUUUUGCCGCCGGCGGCGCGUUCAAGGGAUACGCGCGACCACAGUCCGGUGACGGUCCCGGAGCGGUCGUUGGAAAAGCAUUAG